GAGGGCGGGCGGCGCAUAAAUAGGGCGGCUUGCUGGGAGCCGGCACAGUCCGCGACGCGCCGCGGCCUCGCUGACACUACUGUGUUUACUGGUGUAGGAGUGUGCGUGUCUGCGCCUGUGUGCUAUGUGUGUGCGCGCGCGUGCGUGUGUGUGCGCGUGCGCGUGCGCGCUGCUCAUCGCGCUCGCUCUCGCCGAACACGACAAGCGAGCUGAGAUGUCUCCGAUGCCGUUCCUGAUGGCGACGCGCUACGGACGCAGCUCGCCGCCCGCCAGACACCUCGCGCCCAGGAACGACAGGUUCUUCAUGAGCACGCGUUACGGCAAGCGGUCGGACACGCUGAGCGCGGGUGUGCGCGGGGGUGAGGCAGGGCUGGCAGGCGGCGCGGGGGGCGCGGGAGGGGCGGGGAGGCUGCUGUGCGAGUUCACCGGCGUGUUCCCGCUGUACCGCUGUCGGCACAAGCCGCCCGCGUACCGCAAGAGGAGUGCGGAGGUGCUCGGCGACCAAGAAGAGGAGUAAUCCUCCGACCGACAGCCGCGACCGACGACCGACACGAGCGAUGCAGCCCUAACAUAUGCCCAAUACAUUAUUUUGUGAAUAUUUCAA